CACGCUAAUAAACGGGACGCGAUUGCGCUCUGGGAUGAGGGAGAAGUUGAUGGUGGCCACCAGGGGCCAGACACAUAGAGCAACCUCCAGGGCCAAGUCAACACACAAAACUGGGGGCUGCGACCUCGUCCAACAAAAAGACAUAAAAUGCCAACACACACAACGAACAGCGAACGAGACACAAACAAACAUGUGGCGUGGCCUGUUAAUACUUUUAUGCUGUUGCUGCUGCUUGGCGAGCUGCCUGGAGGAUCAGCUGCAGGACAGCAAAAUUGUCAAUGGAACUGUCGCCGCCAAGGGCGAGUUUCCCUACGCAGUGUCGCUGCGUCGCUCCAAGAGUGGACAUCAUUCCUGUGGCGGCACCUUGCUCAAUGCUGGCUGGGUGUUAACGGCGGCGCAUUGUGUGCGUUCUGCAAAUCCGCAGGAUGUGAAUGUACAAUAUGGCAGCAAUAUCAUUGCACGCAAUGCCACGCAGUUGGCCAUGGUGCAGGCCAUCUUUGUGCAUCCCGGCUACGAGCCGCAGAAUAAACACUUCAAUGAUAUUGCCCUGUUGCAGCUGCAGCAACCGUUGAUCCUUGAUGCUCUGGUGCAGCCAGUGCGUUUACCGAAUGCCGAACAAAUGACGCUGGCCAAUAGCAGUGUUGUGCUCGCCGGAUGGGGUUUAAAUGCCACUGGCGGCGUUGUGCAGCAGCAGCUUAUGAAGGUUCAGCUGCAGGCGUUUAGCGAUCAGGAUUGCAGCAACCUGCAUCAAGUUCAACUCCAUGCCACUCAGCUGUGCGCCGGAGUUCCCGAGGGCGGCAAGGGACAGUGCAGCGGUGACUCUGGUGGUCCGCUCUUGCUUGCCGGCAGCGACACUCAAGUGGGCAUUGUGUCGUGGAGCAUUAAGCCCUGCACUCGUCCUCCCUAUCCGGGUGUCUUCACCGAGGUCUCGGCGUAUGUGGACUGGAUUGUGGCAACUGUGGCCACGGCUCCGAACAAUGAUCCCGCAACGUCGCAGCUCUGGAUUGGUGAAUUGAUUGUGGCACGUGUGCCGCCGCCACUUGUAGCGUAG